GGAACUGAAGCAGAUUGGAAGGUGUGGCAGACAGUCGAGUGGUUGUGCAAAAAUGUCUUCUGGCGGCUCAGUUGAUGCUCGUUCGUACCCUCGGUGGGCCGACCACGCUAAUUGUCACGGUGGCACAUAGGCCAAGGCGCACAGCACACUUCAGCCUAACGAGCGGCUUCCUCGGCUGUCGCUCCUCUUGGUCGACUCACCAACAACUUCCCGCCAUCGUAUCGCUGACCACAGCCUCGUUCGUCGGUCUGCCGCGAGAUUUGAGACUUGACCCUCGAGAUUUCUGCAAAUGAAUCCCACAACCAUGGAACACGAUUACCGCUUUCCAAGGAGACCUGACGGUCGGCAGCUCGGCGACCAUGAUCGCCGCAUCCUCGACGUCAGUAUGCUUGACAAGACAAGCGCAGCCGCGGGUCAUCGUUUGCUCAGCACGCCCUUAUUUCCACCCUUUGGCGAGGCCAAUGCUGCUCAGCAGAAGAGUCUCUCUCAGAUGCAGCAGGAGGAUCCCCUGGCGAUGCAGGUCUGGAAGUUUUUCAGCAGAACGAAGCAGCAGCUGCCGGAUCAAGAUCGUAUGGAGAAUCUGACAUGGCGCAUGAUGGCCGUCGAGAUUCGCAAGCAGCGCGCUGCAAAACUUCAGCAGUUCAGAACCGUGCGACCACCAAUGCAGAAUGCUCCGAGCGGCAUUGCUCAGCUUCGAAAAUCAUCCGAAAACGCCGUCAGCACGGUAGACGCGAUGAAUAUCGACGACUUCAUUUUCUCAGAGAAUGCCGCCACACCUGCAGGCAUCGCAUCGCCGUUGCCCCCGUCUGCGGCGCCCAACUCCAACAGAUCCCUUGCACACGGUUGCAUCACAGAUGAUCGAGCAGUGUCUUCACGAGACUUCGACAGGGCGCUACGCGCCCUCUCUCGCGGGAGACCUAAAGAACGGUCUAUAUAACGGUAGUCGAUUAAUCGCUACCUGGGGGGGCACUAUCACACUUAGAGUUCUCCGACCCCGCACUCGCACAGCCACCGUAAAAGUACACGAACGGGGCUGAUACAGCGGUAUCAGGCCAGGGUCGGUCAGCGAGCGAGAGAACAGCGUAGAGGUACUGUGGCGCAGAAUAGAUAUGAGUAGUGUAGAAGAAGACUAGAGGAGCGCAUCGUCAUCG